GAAGUUAAAGGUCAUUUUUGUGCACUAUUUAGUAAACUAAAAUGGACUGGGCUAAAUGACACGUGGUCUUUGGUCAAAAACAAAUAGACUACACCUCUGGUCGAAGUUCACGUCCUCCCCUUUAGCACGUUUGCUAUUCUUUAUGUUAAAUCAGUGCUAAAACUGUGUAUUUAGGGUGUUUUAGCAGCUGAGAAUUUGACAGCACUGCCAUAACACGAUCCGUCAGAGUUGAGUCUCCUGUUCGCAAAUUUCUUUGGUUUAAAAAUGCUGGGGAAGCUGUCAUCAACCAUGCAGCGCUACAUAUCAGCAAAUUCCUGCAGACCUGAUGUGCUGUUUAAAAUUCACUCCACCGUGGGUGAGGCUCUAGCUGAGCAUCGGCCUGUCGUGGCUCUUGAGAGCACCAUCAUCACACACGGAAUGCCGUACCCUCAAAACCUGAGCACAGCCAAAGAAGUGGAGGACAUUGUGAGAGCUGAGGGCGUAACUCCAGCCACGGUGGCUGUUCUGGAGGGAAAGGUGCAUGUGGGCUUGUCUUCAGAUGAGCUUGACUUCCUGGCCCGCAGUAAAACGACCCUCAAGGUGUCCAGGAGAGACAUGCCUUAUGUUAUCAGCAAGGGUUUGUCUGGAGGAACUACCGUCUCUGGUACAAUGAUCGCAGCUCACAAAGCGGGAAUUCCUGUUUUUGUGACUGGAGGUAUCGGUGGAGUACACAGAGAUGGAGAAAAUACCCUGGAUGUCAGUGCAGAUCUGACUGAACUAGGUCGCACUCCGAUUGCUGUGGUGUCUGCUGGGGUCAAAUCCAUCCUGGACAUUGGCCGAACCCUGGAGCUCUUGGAAACUCAAGGGGUCUGUGUAGCCACUUACGGAGAGUCAAAGAGUUUCCCAGCAUUCUUUUCUCAUAAAAGUGGAUACACAUCACCUUAUAAUGUCCUCAAUGCUGAUGAGGCAGCUGAGCUUAUUGCAAGUACACUCUCUCUGGGCCUUCAGAGUGGAGUCCUGCUUGCUGUGCCUAUUCCAGAUGAAUAUGCUGCUGCUGGACAGCAGAUAGAAGAUGCUAUACAAGCUGCUGUGACUGAAGCCAGGCUGAAAGGAAUCAGAGGAAGAGAUGUGACCCCCUUCAUCCUACACAGAGUCAAUGAGCUCACUGCAGGACAGUCUCUCCGAGCCAACAUAGGUCUAAUUCAUAAUAAUGCCAGGGUGGGCAGUCAGAUAGCGCGUGCCCUGUCUAAGCGCACACAUCAUCCACGAGGAGGCUGUACGAGCCACAGGGAUGAGAACCAGGGUUCAAAACCUAAAACUAUUGUUGUUGGAGGUGUAAAUGUUGACUUCAUUGCUAAAGGAACAAGCAAGAAGUUAUUGUUUGGACAGACAAACCCAGGGACUGUCUGCCAGUCCUUUGGUGGAGUGGGUAGGAAUAUUGCAGACUGUUUGAGUAGACUGGGUCAAAAAAUUCAGUUCAUCUCAGCCAUUGGAGCAGAUUCACAUAGUGAUGCUGUGCUCAACUACUGUAAGCAUAUGGACACAUGUGCAGUUGCGAGACUGAAGGGUCAGCGAACGGCCACAUACUGUGCUGUCAUCACAGAGAGUGGAGAGCUGAGUCUAGGACUUGGGGACAUGGACAUACACCAGGAAAUCAAAGAGCAGUAUGUUUCGCAGUACGAGGACCAGCUCUCUUCUGCGUCUCUUGUGGUUCUUGACGGCAAUAUUCCUGUUUCUACUAUUGAUUACAUAUGCAGCCUUGCCAAGAAACACUCAGUUCCAGUAUGGUACGAGCCCACGGAUGCUGAUAAGGCCUGUAAGCCCUUCGUUUCAGAGAGCUGGAAGGCACUCUCUUUCACUUCUCCCAACCUGGCAGAGCUGUGCACCAUAAACCAGACUCUCUGUCUACCUACUCCACAGGUGUUACCAAGCUCUCUGGAGGAUGCGUUGGAAUGCGCAGCAGCUCUUUCUCGCCCCCUGCUGGAGCACCUACACUGCGUGGUAGUGACACUGGGUGCAAUGGGAGUGUUGGUCUGUGGAGAGCAUGAGGCUGGAACAGUCAGUCUGCGACCCCGAAAGCACAAACCGAAAGGAAGACUGUGUGCUGUGUACUACCCGGCGCUGUCAGUACGUUCUGAAGAAACGGUCAACGUCUCUGGAGCAGGAGACAGUCUUGCAGGUGCGAUGAUGGCAGGGAUCCUGCAGGGGAAAGACACAGACACCUGUGUGCGCAUGGGCCUCCUCGCUGCACGUCUCUCUUUAUUCUCUCCUCACCCCAUCCCUCCAUCUCUGACCACAGAUGCCAUCCUCCCAGAUAAAGUGCACCCACAACCCUGGCCCAAGCCAACCUACAUGUGGAUGGAGUCAUAAAAACUGGGCUUUUAAAAAAAUUCACAAAAUCACAAUAUACCCACAUCGAGCAAAUUUGUAAAUUUAUAAAUUUAUUCCUAAUGAGCAAGCCAGAGGUUUUGGUGGCAAGGAAAAGCUCCCUGAGGUAAUAUCUGGAAGAAACCUUCCUUGAGAGGAACCAGACUCAAAAGGGAACCCAUCCUCAUCUGGGUGACACCAGAUAGAGCAAUUAUAUAUAAUUCCCUUCUAUAACUGUGUACCACAUGGUCAAAAAGUGCAAUUGUGUAAACAGGAAAUUCAUUAUAGUUUUAA